CUCGUCAAUUUCUGAUUCGAAGAAUCUGGAGCUUCUCAAUCCAUGAGAUGGAUGACAGUGAGCUCUUUAAUUUGACCGUGGUGGAGCUACGUUCCUUGUGUAACGAUAAGGGUUUGGAAACGUCGAGACUCCGUAAGAAGCAGAUUGUGGAGUUGUUGCUCGAGAAUGGAGUUUCAGAGAUACCAGCGGAUCUGAAAAAUCGUGGAACACCGCGGAAGAGCCCCAUGACCACCCGGAAGAGUCUUCUGACGCCCCAAAAAAAUCUUUUGGAGCAGAGCUCGAACAUUCCCAGGACCGCCACCCCGCGGAGAACGCGCUACCAGCGGCGAACACGAGCGAUGGAAUUGAGGGAGGCCGAAAAUUCGGACAAAGAGAACGACGGUGACGAAUCCGAGGUUACGAAAGCCGCUGGGAAAGCGAUUCAGAUCGCCGACGGUGCCCACGAGAAUUCCCCGGUGAAAGAGUCUCCCGGACUACUUGAUCAGCCUCCUGAUGUCGGGAACAAUUCUCACGGGGGAAGCGCGUCGAGUUCCCCCGAGAGAGCCCUAGGAAAUGGAACAGAAAAAGGGAGCGAAACCGAAAAGGUUCUGGAGGGAUCGGCGAAGACACCGGAGGAUGAUGGAGAUGCCCCUAUGGAAACCCCCGAGGCGAAGGAUGACGUUGAGGAUGCCCCGACGGGGGAGGCGAUCGUAUCGAAGGAAAGCGGGGAUGCAGUUUCCAACAGCAGUUUCACCACCGCUAUGUCGUCGGCGAACAGUACAUUUGACGUCGAGAAAGAAGACGAUAAAGAGACUGCGACUCCCAGAAAAAGUCGAAAGAGGUGGUCGACGUCGAUAACCGAGGAUUUCAAUUUUGCUCGGAGGUCGAAUUCUUCUGCGGAGCCGACGCAAGACGGCGACGAUCCCCCGUCUUCUCCAGGAGAUCCGUCUCCUGAACGAGAAGCGGAGUCGGGGAGUCCGGUCGACGAUGCACCGAGAGAUGGUUCGCCAGAGCGUCCACAUCUAACACGUCGGCAGACGUUCACGGUCGAAACACCCGCGUCGAAGUCCACUCCCGGCGUCUCGAAAACCUCGAAACCAGGGUUCAAAGCUAGCAAGACCCCGAAUUUCAAAAAAAUUCACGAGCGAAAUCAAGCCAAGUUCGAAAACAUCGCAGACUAUUCCGCCCGGAAACGUGAGCGAAUGCGGGCGCUGGUCUCGUCCACGAAAGACAUCCGAUCAGCUGCUGCGGCCUCUCGAGAGGCAACUCGAACGCCGAAAACACCGUUACGCUCUGUGAAGGCGAUCUCUCAAUCGGAGACGCCAGCUUCUGAGAGGAAGAUUCUAUCGAACAAAGUUCGGAGCAACCGCCGCUUCGAGCUUCUCAUGAAAGCUCGAGGCCUACCGAUGAAUGCCGAAGCUCCCGAACACGCCUAGCUCAGGAUAAUCCAAAAAUACUUUUUCCCAAAAAUACGUACAAUUUAAUCUUUAAAUUUUCGUCUGAUCUAAGCAUACGUGUCACUUUCCUCCGUUGUGAAGCUGUGAAGCUAAUCGCCUGCAACGAACGUGCGUUUGUGGAAUUUUCGUUGAACUGGCUUGCGAUUCGUCAUAGCGAGGAACAUCUCACCAUUGGUACUCGAGAGUUCUCUCAACUUGACUCUUUGGUCCUCAUUGAAUCUGCGUAGUCGAUAAGCAACAAUCUUGACCAUCGGAACAUCGAAUCAGCCUUCUAGUAGACCCUCUGUGCAUGAUCUCAAAUACGCUUUUAGGCAUCCAUUUGUCGACGGAAAUCAGGGAGGAUUAGUGGGGUCAAGUGAAGUCGACCCUCGAUAGAGAGGUCCUCCCACAGUAUGAGGGGGAUAAAUAAAUGAGGUUUUUCUUCG